AUGCACAUAACGAUACAGCAUCGAGGUACGAUCUAUGAAAUUCGUGUUCCUCCCAAGGCAACCCUGCUAGAUGUACAGCAGGAGGUGCACGCGCGGACAGAUGUGCGGCCAGCGAAUCAAAAGCUCUUAGUGCCGGUGGCGUCGCAGCGUAUCGCCCAAGCGCUGCGAUCCGGGACAGCGGGAUCGACGACGAUGGAAGAGCUUGGUCUGCGUGGGCCGCUGCGUAUGACCGUGGUGGGUGCUGUGGAUUCCGAGGUGGAGCAGAUCCAACAAAACGAUGCACAGGCCCGGCGCCUGCACCAGCCGAGGCGCCUGCACCCCAGCUUGCUAAAAGAUGCCAAGCCGAGAAACACGAGCCAGCCUCUUCCUCCUGUGUUUGGGCGAUGCGAGGCGCAUCCAUCCACACCGCCGUCGAGUGACGUCCACGAUCAGGUCGUGCGCUAUCUCGAGCGACUCGCUUCGGACCCGGCCAUCCUGCAUGUGUGCCGGACACAUGGAUACCAGGUGGGCGUUCUCACGGAGCUUCUUCCCCAUGAAAAUCCUGACCUCCUUGGACUCAACGAAAACAAGGGACAGCGUAUCCUGCUGCGGAUCAGGACGGAUGCGGCCGAUGGGAUGCGCGACUACAAGACGACGCGUCGCGUCCUCGUGCACGAGCUGGCCCACAAUGAGGUACGCCUAGUAUUCUGA